GCAUUGCUUGAUCUUAUUUUCACUUUCACUUUGUGCUAAGAUUCAAACAACGCUUACUUUUCUUUUGUCCCAUUGUGCCGUCGUUGGUCACAUCAUGUCUGCGGCUCCCAGAGACCUCCUAGAGGAGAUUAAGAGAUAUGUCCCGGGUAUCAGGGCUGACAACUCUCACCAUGGUAUUGAACGACUCAUUAUUCUGCUGUUGGGGUUUGCAGGACAUGGCAAGUCGUCCCUCAUCAAUUCUUGUAUGUGUGUGGUGAAGGAUGACAUAUAUCGGAACUUGGCUGGAGCCGGGGAAGAUGAAGGAGGGAGGACAACGAAGAGGACAUCACACUAUCUCACCAACACUAUCUGCAUAACUGACAACAGAGGGUUCAAAAAUAUGAAGCCCGGGGAGAUUUUGGAAGUGUGCGCUCAGCAAAGACACUUGCGGCUAGAGGGAGAUUUUGAUUGGGAAAGAGACAAUCUACAGGAGACUAUAAGAUGUAUCCCAGUUGUCAAUAAACGACUAAAGGAAAUCAUUCUUCCUGUUAUUGUACACAGAUGUCCAUAUAAUUUCAAAGAUGAUGAAGAAAAUUCAAUGAUAACAGUAAUUAAAAAAUGCCAAGAAAUCACAGGAAUCCCACCUAUCGUUGUGAUCACCAAUGUAGGCCCCCCGGACACCAGAUUCGCAAACAGUGCAGCAAUCUUAACACGAUUUGGACAGAUGGGGUGCACUAACAAAAUUUGUCUGGAGAAUUACACCGAAAACGGCCCACCACGGAGCCAAGAAGCCGAUGAUCAAUUCCUCCGCUUCCUGAAAGUUUGUAUGGAUGAGACAGAACAUGCCAUCCGGCAAAGGGGGCGCCGGGACCAGCUUGACAUAUUUACUAAGAAUGUGGCCGAUCAACUCAAGGAAGAGAAAGAAGAGAAUGAUAGACAGGUGAAGAUGCUGAAGACAGAACUGGAAGAGUCAAAGAAAAAAGUGACAGAGUUGGAAGAAAGUUUGAGAAUAGAACAAGCAAAGUCGAGGAAUAAAAGAUGUUCAAUCUUAUAAGGAAACUGUAAAGCCUCGUACACACGACCUAGAAACUCGACAGGCGAAACACAUCGUUUUGCUCG